ACCAACCUAACCUUUCCUCAGAGCCAGAGUAGCCAUCCAAACAGCACAAACAAAAGAGAGGGAAACUAAGGGAACGAGAGAGAUAGAUAGAUAGAUAGAGAGGAGGAGGAGGAGGAGGAGGAGGACACAUGAAAGGAAGAGUAGGAGGAGGUGGAGGAAGAGGGAAUAAUGGAGGGGCAGCAGCAGACCCUCUGGUCUGCCUCCCCUCCAGCUCCAGACGUCAUCUGACACUGAUGCCAAAGCCCAUCUGUAGCCCAUCUCGGCCCACAGAGCCCAGCAAACGCCGCCAGUCGAGGUCCCGCUGCCGGGGCCAGGCCAGCCCCCUCUUCAGGACGAAGACCAAGCACAUGAGCUCGGAGAUCGCCGAGCCGACGUCUCCCAAGGUCACCUGCGCCGGGCAGAUCAAGGUGAGGUCCCGGCCCAGGCCCAGAGGCAGCCGUGACAAGGACUGGCUCUCCCUUGUGGAGGAGAUAGAGAGGCUCCGCAAGCAUCGGAAGAGGAGUAACUGGCGUGAGACCCUUAGCCUCAAGAAGGAAAUCAUGCAGUUCCUCGGAGCCCUCCGCGGGCUCCGCUUCAAUAUGAGGUGCUUCGGCUCGUUCCAUGGCUCGGUCGAUUGCACAACCGAUGAAGAAGAUGAGGACGAAGAGGAGGAGAAGGAAGUGGACAGCAGUGGCUCUAGGAAUAUAUUCUCCAAGUGGUUUAUGGUUCUAGAAGAGAACCAAGAUCAUGGAUAUGGGAAAGAAGUAGUGGAAGUAAAGGAAGAAGAAGAGAGAGAUGGUACGUUCGAGGAGGUUGCACCACCUAAUUCUGUGCCACCUCCAAACGCUCUCUUGCUCAUGAGGUGUCGAUCGGCGCCAGCCAAAGGGAGGUUAGAGGAAGAGGAGGUGACUGCAAAGUUGAUCAAGGAGGAGGAGAAAGAGAAAGAGAGGUUGGUGCUGAUGAGCUAUGCUCCUGACUUCUUCAAGAUCUCGACGGAUAUUGCAAAGGAGACUUGGAUCGUUGGGAGCAUGGAUCCUUUAGCAAGGAAUCGGAGCUGGAAGAGAUAAGCUGCAAGAGAUAAGGGAUGAGAAUAGAAGGGUGGUGGCGGUGGUGAUAGCUAAUUUUCUCGCAUGAUGCUUGUGGUGCUGGUGGUAUAUUAAUCUCUCCUCUUCUUGUUUUUGGUUUUGGGUGAUCCUAAAUUCUUGUAUGUGCGUGUUUAUGUUCUUUCCCGAUUUUGAUAUGCUUUUCCUUUUUUCCCCCCUCUGGAAAUCGAUCCACAAAACAGAGGUGAAUAUUAUAUUAACCUUGUAUAGUCUCUUUAUGCUUGUUGCCUCUUUUACUUUGUUGGAAGGAUUGAUUCUAUAGAAUGUAUAGCUUCUUUCAUUACUCUCU